AUGACAAAGCACAACGAAGAAAGAGUGAUAAUUAGGCCGAGGGUGAGGCCGAGGGAAGAGCCAAUGCCCCAGAUGACGCGAUGUCCAGGGGCGCGCCCUGCCCGCAUGACUCUAUCCGCCCCCGCCCCCGCGUAUGAGAGAGCCUGCAACGAGCUCGGCCUCGAUCCCAGCAACCCUCGCCUGGUCGUGCCCUCCAAUGUGAACCAACCUGCCACGACGCUGAAGCAGUGGCAAGUAACUGGGGCCAGUUGGAUGCUGAAUUGGGAGCAGAGCCCCGUCGGUGGGGGCAUCCUCGCCGACGCCUGCGGGACGGGAAAGACCACCACCUAUAACGACGAUCUGGAAUGA